AUGGCUAAGAGGGGCAAAUCACGUGGCAAUCUCCAUUCAACUGCUACACUUCGGCCUAAGACGCGAAAAUGUCUCGUUGAAUAUUCGAAGAAGCCGCAUCACGCCCCGCCACAAAAAAUGCCAUCGACGUUAUAUAGACGGAAAGAUAAAACGGCUAUAGAUUAUGUGUUUCACGCAACUGGAAAGCGCUUCAAAGAAAAUCCACGAGACAAUGUCGUCGAAUCAUAUGCCGUUGUUUGGACCGACAAGGGCGGCAAACUUCCAAAACCAUUUCCCGGCAAAUAUUUGGUCAUAAUUGGGUUAGAAUAUGUUGACAGAAACAACGGCCUUCCAUAUCUUGAAGAGAAGAAAGCCUUAAACCACGGGGAGUUUGUCCUUGUCUCAGGUGACGAUGAUUUUAUGUUUGAUAACCAGGGGGGAGGGAUAUCACUCUUGGUUGUAUUGGAUAUGCACAUCUUGAUAACCCUCGAGCCACUUAUUCAGGCUGGCGGAACUUGA